GCGCACCAACAGCAUCCCACGGUUUGUUUACUCUCCGCCACUCCACUCACAUCCCUCCUCACCACCGCGACAUCUCUCAAUCAUCUCGAACUCUUCGUGCUAGACGCCCAGAUACCCAACACGCAGACUCAAAUCUCCAAACAACUGUGACACCGUGGAUCCCCCUCCCUUCCCUCCCCCUUCCCACUCUGAACUCCACUUAACCCACCCCUCAUCAACGCGCUUCGUUCCUUGGGCAUUCUUCUCGACUCAUUAUAGCUCUGUGAUACACUGCCUGAAUGGCAGACAUUCAACCUACAGCGUCGUCCUCGACCGACGCAGCGCCCGAAGAGAUGGACCCCGGCCCCAGCUCCGCCACCUCCCACGAAGCCGCCCCACAUGACAACAUCGCUCCAGAGAGUGAAACCAGUGGCGGAGACGAUAUCGAUACCAUGAACGUGCAGCCUGACUCGGCCGAUGACAGUGGGGAUGACUUGUUGCUACCAGAGAAUGAUCACGGAGCUGGGAAGCGUGUCAAGGUGUACGAGCUUCGCGAUCAAGCAUGGUUCGAUCGUGGUACUGGUCACUGCAAGGGAGUUUAUGACAACGACAAUGACGUCGCGCUCCUUGUCGUGGAGGCGGAAGACCCUCAGUUGGAAGGCAGGCCAGGUGAAGAAGCAGAGGGGCCCGGGGGGUUCAUUCGGGAUGAGCUGCUUCUGCACGCGCAGGUGACCAAGGAUGACCAGUACACCCGACAGCAAGAGACAUUGAUCGUGUGGACGGACCAAGCCACUCAGUUGGAUAUCGCACUGUCGUUCCAGGACGCGUCUGGCUGUGAAGGCAUCUGGCAGUUCAUCAGCGAAGUGCAGAAACACCUCCACAAUCAACUUGGUGACGAUUCCAAGAUGGGCAUGGUCUCCUCUUCCUCUCCUAUGGAGCCCUCUCCCGUACUCACGUCUUCAGUACCCGUUGGCACGGUAGCUCGCGAUCACUGGCAACACCCGUCGCUCGCAAACAUUAAGGAGCACGAGGUCUGGCUACGCAUGCAGGCCAAGUCAGCUGCUGGCCGGGAGCGCGCUGUUGAGCACAUCAUCGGAGAGGACUACAUCAAACAACUCAUUGUUGUCCUUCACCAGGCAGAAGAUCUGGAAAGCAUUGAUGAUCUUCAUGCCCUUUGCUCGCUUAUGCAGACAAUACUUAUGUUCAACGACAACGGCAUCUUUGAGUACAUCUUGCAGGACGACAUCUUUGAUGGUGUUCUGGGGAUGCUGGAAUACGACCCCGAGUUUCCCACACUCAAGGCGUCGUACCGCGCAUUUUUCCGCCAGUAUUCGAAAUAUCGCGAGGUGGUGCACAUCAAGGACGACACAAUACGCAACAAGAUUCACCAAACAUCUCGGCUUCUCUACCUCAAGGACGUUGUCCUGGCACGACUACUGGACGACCCUACUUUCAACAUCCUGAAUAGCUUCGUCUUCUUUAACCAGGUGGAUAUCACGUCCUACAUUCAGUCAGAUGAUGCUCUCCUUCAUGAGCUCUUUAUCGACUUCCAACGCAAUGAACCGGGACAGAAUGCGAUCAAGAAGCGUGAUCUGGUGCAAUUCCUGCACCAGCUGAUGCUCAUGGGCAAGGGUAUGCAGGUUCCCAAUCGCCUGGCUUUGUAUCGCACGCUCGUCGAUCGCGGCCUUAUGUUUGCCUGCGAAUGGGCUUUCCGGCAGCGCGAGGCGACAAUUCUACACGGCGGUGCAGAAAUCUUAACACUCGCGGUUGAGCACGACGUUAACGCCGUUCGCCUCCACGUUUUGAGAGAGGAGGAUUCGUCAAGGAGGACGCUUGUCAUGGAGAUCGUUGGUCUAUUGCAAUCCACGCAAGACCAAGGCCUUAUUCAGCAAACUGUGGAGACUCUCAAGAUGCUAUUGGAGCCAGGAGCUGAUAAUGAACAAUCGUUCGCUCGAGCGAAGGACGCUUCUGUGGCGGAAACGUUCACGGGUUACUUCUACGACCACUGUGCGCCACAGCUAUUUUCGCCGAUCAGCAAACUGCCGGAGCUCAAGGAUGUGAACAAGCCGCAGGUUCUGGCUCAGGAAAGAGCACCUUUGUUGACAACACUCGUCGACCUCUUAUCAUAUUGUGUGGCCGUUCAUGGGCACAAGGCGCAAUACUACAUCCUCUCCACGCCGUUGGCACUGCGCGUGUGCUCGCUGGUUUACGCCAGAGAGAAGACAUUGCGCCAUUCCGCAUUACGCUUCGUCAAGGCCUGCCUACGGACUAACAACCAUUUCAUCCAUCGUAAUUUUACGAAGAACGGCGUCACGAAGGCCAUCAUCGACCUCGUUGAUCGGGAGACGACGCGCGACACGAUGCUUAGCUCGGCAUGCCUGGAUACGCUGGAGCUGAUCCGCAAGGAGAACAUGAAAGCAAUCAUCAUGGACAUGUUCGACAAGCAUGAAGCCUUGUUAAAUCGGUUGACCGAACGCCCGUUCGUCCGCGCGUACAUCCUUGGUCUCCGCAUCAGGUGGGACCAGUUCAAGGAGCCUCCACCUCAACCGCCUCCGCAGGCUGUGGCUGAAGCCGCCAAGCGCACCGCUGCGGACGAGGAGGAGGCCUGGUUCAACCAAUCGGACGACGAGGUAGACGGCAAUCGGGAUAACUCCACUCGCCAUGUGCCUGUCAAGCGCAAGCGUGCGCCGCAAAGCGCCCCAGCUCGCAAACGUCUUUCGAGUGGAGGUGGGUCUGCUUUAGGACUCGACUACGAUGAUGCCUCUGACAGCGACGGGUCGGCUGGCGGAGAGUCGGCCGGCGGGGAGUCGCCCAAGGUCGCCCCUAUCCAGACUGCCACAGCGGACAGCGAGUUAGCAGAGGGCCUCUCGGACGUCGAACAGAGGGUUCGCGCCAAACGGAUACGGAAAGAGGAAGAGGAGGAGAGCUCCGCAUUUUCGGAACUGAUGGGUGGAGGCAACAAAGUUGCAACGAAAGACGGCAGCCCCGGGGGGAACAAAGUGGUGCAUGGACAUGAAGGAGGUAGCCCCGCAGGCAAAGACAAGAAAAUACGACUGAGUCUCGGGGGUAUUGGUAGGAAGUUCAGAGGCGGUAAGGUGUAACUUUGUUAGAGAUGUACGAUAGCGCAGUGCAUGUGGAC